AUGAGAACGUACGACGAUACCUUCUCGGGUCAGAGAAUCUACCCUGGCAAGGGUAAGCUCUUCGUCCGUGGCGACAGCAAGAUCUUCCGAUUCCAGAACGGCAAAUCCGAGUCUCUCUUCCUGCAACGAAAGAACCCCCGCCGCAUUGCCUGGACCGUUCUGUACCGCCGACAGCACCGCAAGGGUAUCUCUGAGGAGGUCGCCAAGAAGCGCAGCCGCAGAACCGUCAAGUCCCAGCGAGCCAUCGUCGGUGCCUCUCUCGAUGUGAUCAAGGAGCGACGAUCAAUGCGACCGGAGGCCCGCUCCGCCGCCAGACUGCAGGCCAUCAAGGAGAGCAAGGAGAAGAAGCAGGAGGCUGCUGCCGCCAAGAAGGCCGAGAAGGCAAAGAACGCCUCCAAGGCCUCCAAGGGCCAGACCCAACGCAUCGUCCCCAAGCAGGGCGCCAGGGGAGCACAGCAGAAGGUCGCCGCCAACACCCGCUAA